AUGUCUCUUUAUCUUUAUAAGUCAGAUGAAGAUGAGGAUCGAAAAAAUUCAAAUUAUCACGAUUUUGAUGAGUUAGUUCCUUCAGAAGAGAUCAAAAAAGCAUCUAAAGAGGCUAAUGCAUUACCAGAACAUAAAUCAAGACACAUCAAUGUAAUUUUGGAUCAUUCUGCAUUUGUGAGAGGAAUUGGUAAUAUUAAACGUUGGUUCAAUCAAGAGUAUAUUAAAGCACAUAUUGACCCUACGGCAAAGGAGGACAUAUACUUGAAUAUCUAUAUUCCAAGCUAUACAUUGCACGAGUUUGAUUAUGUGAAAAAGGGGACUUCUAUGAUGGCGACUAAUGCAAGAGAGGCCAUUCGGUUUAUUGAUAAAAUAUUUGAGAAGGAACUUAACGCAGAGGACGAAGCUGAUAUGACAAAUCCAGAUUUCAAACCAGAAAAGAGACCGAUUAUUUACGAUAUUUAUAUUGAAUCUCCCAACGAAUCUGGCCCUUCUUGGUCGGAAUGCUUAAAUUAUAAAGUACACUCACCAAAAAUUAAGGAAUUCCCUAAUUUCAAAACAAAGUUUGACUCUAACUUGAUCGGUCAACACCCACUUUCACAGGGUGAUCAUUUAGAAAGCCAUAAUUUAGACGAAGCAAAUUAUAGCUCUUUGGCAUACAAGCAAAAUAAUAAGUUGAAUGACAUUCAAUAUGAGAAUUCCCAAUCGUAUCAAAAUGCUUUGGCGAAUGCGGACGAACUUGCAGAAAUGCCGACACGUUUGAGGUACUUAAUAAGAUCUUGCAUCUACAAACGAUUCAUAGAAAGAAAGACUUUCAAUAGUCCUCUCGAAGAAUGGAAGCUUGUCACAGAAGAUCCAAUUACCAAAGUCUGGGCCAAAAGCUUUGGAAUUGACUGCAUGAAUGUGAACGAAGCAGAGCUUUUGAUCUUCCAAUCAUAUGACAUCAACCAGUUUCAAUUAUAUGACCCUCGUCAUAAUUUUAAUGCUCAAGAUGAAAACCAUAUUCCUAACAGUAUAUUACAGAAUACUAUCGAUACUACCUUGUAUUCCUACACCAAGAUUGACCGUUCUUCCAAAAAUAAAAAUAAAAACAAGAACAAAAACUCAAAGAAAUCUACUAAACCAAAACAAUUCAACGGAGUAGUGAGCGACGGAUCUACCGGUUCCAAUGGGGAUUUUGUCAAGAAAGAGAGAUUUGAUGCCAUUAAUUAUGCACCAAGAGGUACUGGUGAGUUGUGGAAACCAUGA